AUGAGUGAUGCCGAACAAAGUGAAGAUGGACAAGUGAUGAGUGGCGUAGAGCUAAGCCCUUCUGACGACGAGGAAACGACGGAUUCGCUAGACAUCAAACCACCGCAGGCGAGCAGCGCCUACUAUGGUAUGAGCAAGCGCAAGGACAAGAAAGGAAAGGACCGGCGACACGCCAAGGAACAGCAGCACCUUCGGCAUCACAUGAUGACGGAACGGGAAAGUGACCGCGAUCGGGAACGUGGUGAUCGGCGUGCUGACAGAGGCAGCAACCGUAUGGAACGCGAGCAAUACUACCGUGAACGGGAGCGCGAGAACCAUCCGGCAAGUGGCCGUGAACAGCAUCGACACCCGGGUCAGGGGUCUUCGUCACGCACCGGUAGUAGCAGUGGAAGAGAUCGAAGUGGCAGCAGCAGAGACACCAGCAAUCGGGACAAACAUCAUUCGUCCCGGUACGAAAUGAAUCCAUUCUACGGUGAGUUGCGUGAAACGUAUCACAGCAAGCGGGAACGCGAUCGUGACCGUGAACGGGAACACCGGGCCGAACGGUCUGAACGCGACAGGGAACGGGAACGUGAGUACAGCGAAAAGCAACGCCGGACGGCAGAAGAGAAAGCAACCGAUCCGGAGAAAAUUAUGGAAGAUUUACGGACCCGGCUGUUGCACAAAAAGAAUCGACGCGAUUCAAAACGGGGCGAUGGUCGGGAACGGGAGCAUCGCGAGGUGCACCAGGAGCCUGAAAUGCACCCGGAAGAAGCAGAAUAUUACGCAGAGAAGCGAGAACAUCGUCGGCGGGAACAGCCACAUCCGCACCGAAGGCACCGUGAGGAGGAGGAUGGAAAUGAUGUGCGCGAGCGCGAGCGAGACCGGGCACGACACCAUGGGGAACGCAGACGUGCAGCAGAGGUGGUGGAAAUUUUCGAGAGCCCGGAACAUCACCAUUAUCAACACCAUCACCACAACCCGGCACAGCAACCACAGCAACCGUCAAAUGUUCCCCGAACGGCGGAAGAGAAAGAACAGGACGAGCGACGUGCGAAGCUGUUGGAAGCGGACCGUGAGAUGCUGCGCAGGAAGGAACUAGCUAGGGAAGAGUUGGAGGCGCGACGAUUGCGCAAGGAAGAGGAACGCGGUAGGGGAAGUGAAUCCGAAUCACUCUCGGAAGAAGAGUCCGACGAGGAAGAGGACGAGGAUGGUGAUAUGGAAGAGGAAGAACAUCCUUUCGAAGACAAUGACGUCGAGAUGGUGGCGGGUGAUGAGCGUGCAGAAGAGAGACGGACUACCGGCAGAAGGAGUGUAAAACGUAGAGACGAUCGAGGACGGGAGCGAACGCGGCACAGACAUCGACGUGGUUCGUCUCAAUCGCCAACGAGCUCAUCGCAAGGUUCGGCGGAUUCUGAUGUGCGUGAGGAGGAUGAAGAACAUCCCCCGGAGAGUCCACUGUCAGUGGGCGAUCUUGCAAAAUCCGAUCGUCGAAAUUCGGAUUCCUAUCGUGACAGCCAGUCACGCUCUAUAACGAACUCUCGUGGUGGUUCGGAAUCGGGAUCCAGAAGUCGUUCGCGAAGUCCUCGCAGGCAUCGCCGCCAUGAAGCACGCGAUAGCCGCAGUUCAAGUAGUCGUAGCCACUCGAGAGAGGCAGAUACGAAGAAGCACCCCGGGGAAGGUGAUGAUAAUGGGAAUGAUGAGAGAAAACCGUCCGGGGAUGGAGAAAAGGCAUCAGCCGAUGUUCCGCAGGAAGUAGAGAUCAAAGAUACGCUGCCACCGUACUUUCCCGGUAUACAGGGUUGCCGAUCGGUGGAAGAAUUCCUCUGUCUCAACCGCAUCGAGGAAGGCACCUACGGUGUGGUGUAUCGAGCAAGGGACAAACGCACGGAGGAGAUAGUGGCCCUGAAGCGACUGAAGAUGGAAAAAGAAAAGGAAGGCUUUCCGAUUACGUCGCUCAGAGAAAUAAACACGCUGCUGAAGGGACAGCACCCGAACAUUGUGACCGUGCGCGAAAUCGUGGUCGGCAGCAACAUGGAUAAAAUCUUCAUCGUGAUGGAUUACGUCGAGCACGAUCUGAAAUCGCUGAUGGAAACGAUGAAACACAAAAAGCAGGUGUUCUUGCCGGGCGAGGUAAAGUGUCUCACCCAGCAAUUGCUCCGUGCAGUGGCCCAUCUGCACGAUAACUGGAUCCUGCACCGAGAUCUUAAAACGUCCAACUUGCUGCUGUCGCACAAAGGCAUCCUAAAGGUGGGAGAUUUUGGGCUCGCGCGUGAGUACGGCUCACCGCUCAAACCGUACACCUCGAUCGUCGUAACGCUCUGGUACCGGGCACCGGAGCUUCUGCUCUGCUGCAAAGAAUAUUCCACACCCAUCGACAUCUGGUCGGUGGGUUGCAUCUUUGCCGAGUUUCUCUCGAUGGCGGCACUCUUCCCGGGCAAAACGGAGAUCGAUCAGUUGAACCGUAUCUUUAAGGAUCUCGGUACACCGAACGAAAAAAUAUGGCCCGGUUACAAUGAGCUGCCGGCGGUGCAGAAAAUGACCUUCACCGAGUAUCCGGUGUCGAAUUUGCGCAAAAAAUUCUCCCACCUUACCAGCGAGUUGGGGAUUUCGCUUCUUCAAGGGUUGCUUACGUUCGAUCCGAAGCAACGGCUGACGGCCGAGGUAGCCCUGCAGCACAAUUACUUCAAGGAGCUACCGCUCCCGAUCGAUCCAGCCAUGUUUCCGACCUGGCCGGCAAAGAGUGAACUCGGGCUGAAGAAGGCACUCGCCUCCAGUCCGAAACCACCGAGUGGUGGAGGAGAAUUCAAGAAGCUGGGCGAUGAUGCAGUGCCAGAUAAUGCGGGCUUCCAUCUCGGAGGUACAACGUACGCCGAAGCCCGGCAACUUGCCAUGGGUCCCGGGUUCAGUUUAAAGUUCUGA